AUGGGGCGCUACGACAGCUCCCACGACGAGCUGCAUAUGGCCGCAGGCUCGCAAAUGUCGGCAGCUCCUCUUCGCGACUAUCAUCCCCAGAUCAAAUUCGACCACGCACCGCCGCCAUUGACUGCGCCGCCCCAGCGUCUCUCUGCGACUGCCAGCGCCAGCGCCGCCAUCUCGGCCGUUCCCAACGUCCUGCAACCUGGUGGCAUGGCAUCGCGCCCGCAUCCUCACCCGCACCCAAUGUCCUCCAACACCACACCUCAGAUGCCCGGCAUGCACCCCUCGAUGCCCCCUCAGCACGGCCAGCAUGGCCUUCCGCAGCAGUCCCAGUCCCAGCAGCAGUCUCCGAUGCAGGAUAUCUCGCCCGCCGGCAAGCCCCCGCUGAGCCUCUCCCACAACUACUCGCGCUCCAGCCCCGCAGCCGGCUACGAUGCGGCCUCCUCGUCCCCGUACCAUGCCUACACUCCCACCACGCCAGGCGGCUCCGCGUCGCAGUUCGUCUCGGGCCCUGAUGCGGGCAAGUAUGGCCCUCCCGGCUCCCAGCGCAACAUCGCAAACACGCCAUUGGGUCUGGCCGACAUUCGUCCCCGCGCCGACUCCAGCAUGUCUGACGGCUCCCCCAACGCUAUGGGCUACGACCUUGCAAGCGCCCAACCCGGGCCCAGCAAUUACCUCGCACCCUGGGCCGUCUAUGCUUUUGAUUGGUGCAAAUGGAGACCCCAGGGCAACAGUGCUGGCAAGAUUGCUGUUGGCAGCUAUCUUGAAGAUGGGCACAAUUUUAUUCAAAUUCUCGACUCUCACGUCGUACCCACGCCUCAAGACGCCUACACCCCCGGCACUUCCAAGUACAGUCUCGAAUUCACAAAGCUCGCCGAAGCUACACACUCGUACCCCGUAACCCGACUCCUCUGGGAACCACCAUCAUCGCAGAAGCAGUCUACAGAUCUUUUGGCGACUUCGGGUGACCAUCUCCGACUAUGGUCUUUGCCCUCCGAUACACCAUCAAACCCAGGAAAUAAUAUUACACGAGGUGGUCCACGAGAUCCGGCCGCCGCCAAGCUGACGCCUCUCGCGUUGUUGUCAAACUCGAAGACGCCAGACCACACCGCUCCUCUGACGUCUCUCGACUGGAAUACCGUCUCCCCCAGCCUCAUCAUCACCUCCAGCAUCGACACUACUUGUACAAUUUGGGACAUUCCCUCAUUGACUGCCAAGACACAACUAAUCGCGCACGACAAGGAGGUCUAUGAUGUGAGGUUCUGCGCCAACAGUGUUGACGUCUUUGUCAGCUGUGGUCAAGACGGCAGUGUACGCAUGUUUGAUCUCCGCAGCCUUGAGCACUCUACCAUUAUCUACGAGCCCACGGGAAAGGAUGACCGACUUGAUGGCUCAGGACGCACCAGUCCUACACAAGCCCAGCAAACCAUGGCUAACCCUCCGCCCCUGCUACGUCUUGCCACUUCACCUCACGAUACCCAUCUCUUGGCUACCUUUGCCCAAGACUCCAAUAUUAUUCGCGUCCUUGACGUACGGCAGCCAGGUCAGGCUCUCCUGGAGCUUCACGGCCAUACCGGGUCGAUAAACUGUCUAGAGUGGUCGCCUCUGCGACGUGGCACGUUGGCUUCCGGUGGCGACGACUGCCAGGUUCUUAUCUGGGACCUCAUCAACUCGGGUUCUUCCAUGGUUCCCUCCAAUGGGUCUCAGGAAAACACGCGAAGCCCCGUCGCUAGCUGGGAAUGCGAUUACGAGGUUGGCAACCUAGGAUGGACGCCACACCUUCAAGGUCACGACUACGGCGAAUGGCUAGGCGUGAGUGCUGGACGCGGCAUUUGGGGGGCACGCCUCAAUUGA